ACUCUAUGCCCCCCCUCUCUCUCCAUUUAUUCCUGUGAACAGCUCUGUCUCCGCUGCAUUAAAUCAGUGUUAAAUAAAGGCCUUUCCCUUUUCUUUUAUUGCUUUCUCUCCCUCCCCAUACGUAGAAAGUGAAGAAUGUGGUUUGGGUGCUGUGUUUUUUUUUUUUGUUUGUUUUCUUUCCGUCUUGACUUUGUGGAGUAAACCGAUAGCACUUCUGUAGCAUGACAUGUUUCCCGAGUCCAGGGUCCCGUACAGACGUAUGGCUGUGGUUUCCACUUCCUGAAGACCGAAGAGAAAAGGAGUAAAAAAAAAAGAAUGUCUUGAACUUUCCGGAAAGUGAACAGUGGAACCACGUGCUACGUCCUCAUUCGACGGAUGUGCAUCCCGACCCUCAUUCCCCACUUCCGUGUUAGGCACAUCGAUGGAUUCCUUCAACUUUCACUUUGAGAGAGUGAGUAACCUGGAUCUGCAUCCUCUGAGCUGUCCAGUGAGCAGACUCUCUCCGGCUAAGUCCACUAGCAGCAUUGACCAGUUCACCCACCACCAUGGGAAAGGGGAUUCUGCCUACAGCUCCUUUUCCGGGGGCUCAAACGCUCCGGACUACUCCUCUCCCUUCAUACCCUACUGCAGGGAGGAGACAAACCCCCAUUCCCUGCAGUACACUGACAUGAAGUACGUGAAGGCCGUCUACCAUCCCAACGAACUCAACUCCAACCCCAAGAGCGUGGAGAAGCUCUACAGGUCAAUGGAGGCCAUUUCCCAGCAGUGCGAUCAACGCAGCUCCGUCGUGGGUGGGCGCUGCUACGACCAGGAGUCUCCCUUGCCGCCGCCACCUCCGUUCAUGCCACCGCCACCGCCACAAGCACCACCGCCACCACCACCGCCCACUCGCUUGGACAGUUUUAUAACAAUAAGGAACUUGGAAAACUCCAGGUCCUAUCCAUAUCCUGAGGGCCAGGUGGCGGAGAAGACCCAUCGCCGGUCCCCGGCGGACAGCCCCGACGCAGCGUGUCCCAGGCCUGACCUUGACUACGGGCGUCGGGUCUCGCAGCCCGGCCUGAGGGACCCCGUGAGUCGAGACGGGGCGGAUCAGGUGCCCGAGCCGCAGAAACCGGCGAGUGUGAGCCGAUCGCCUCCGGCCUUCCUUCCGCAGGAAAGCCUCGAGCUGCAGCCUGCGGGCAGUGCCGACCCCACCGAGACGCAAAGACCCAGGCGGCACUCAGCCCAGGAGGGCGGCUUUUCGGCCGAGAAACCGCAGGCCUGGACGCCGACCGUCCUCAACGGCAACAUCCAGCACAAGGGACAGUUCUAUUUCGUGACGGGCGUGUGCAAGCCGCCCGACCCCGGUUUCGGAGGCACGCUCGGCGGCGUGGCGGAGGGGGAGGAGGAGCGGCGCUCGGAGGGGGACCGUCGCAGGCCGGUGGAGAGAACUCACAGCAAAGUGGAAGAGCUGCUCAGAAUCAUUCGUCACAGACGUCAGGGCAGCCAGGACCCCCAAGGUGAGCGGGCGGCCUACCUCCGAAACCAGGCCCUCAGCGCAAGAAACCAACACAGAGAGAUCCACGGUGGUGUCAACCCACGCGGCCCCUCGCCUGUUUCUGAUCAGGGGUCCGACGGCUUUGAUGGCCUCGACGAGCAAGGCCAGAACAUGCAGGGCAGGGAGCUCGGCCUCAGUUCUCGCCGCCACCACAGCAGCAGCCAUCACAUCUUCUACUGCGGCCCCGAGGACCGGCUCUCUCAAGCAAACUCCAGCACCGAGGAAGCCGUUCUGCCGAUCCAGAGCCCGGACCCAGUGGCUGGUGGUAAGAACGCUGACCAAGGGAAGAAAGGGAUGAGACAGCUUUUUGAAGAUGUAGCUAAGGAAAAAAUUAGCAAGGAAACCACGCCCCUCCUGUACCAUCUGACUGGCGAGAGCAGAGGGGUUCUGGCUCACAGGCCUAAAACCGACAGUGACCCCAAUGGGAAUUCGAAGGAGUCACGGCGGAACAGCGGGGCCCUGAGGGGGCAAAGCAAGGAAGGCCCCACCCACAGGGAGGAGAGGACCUCAAACAGGGCCACACCCACCGAGCAGAGCCAGGAGAGGGUGGAGAUGCCUGCCGACUGUUACAACACCCUGGACGAGUCCUUCAAGAAGUACUACAAGGAGAAGCUGAAGGACGCCCAGAGCAAGGUCCUCCGGGAAACGUCCUUCAAGAGGAAGGACCUGCAGCUCUCCUGGCCCCACAGGAUCAGGCAGAGGCCUGAGAAGAGGCCCUCUGUGCUUCCUCCUGUCUCCUCCUUGCAGUGCUCCUCGCUGGCUUCAGAGAGCUCUGCGCCUUCGGGACCUGAGGUCCCAGGCAAGGAGAGGGAGAAGGAGAACAUGAAGGAGAGCUUCAAAGAGAGCAGUAAGGAGAGGGAGAAGGAUAACAGCAUGGAAAGCUUCAAAGAGAGCAGUAAGGAGAGGGAGAAGGAUAACAGCAUGGAGAGCUUCAGAGAGAGCAUCAAAGAGAAGGAGAACACCAAGGAGAGCUUCGAAGAGAGCAUCAAGGAGCUGGAGAAGGAGAAUGGCAAGGAAAGCGGUAAGGAGAGCCUCAAAGAGAGUGGCAAGGAGUGCACCAACGAGAGUGGUAAGGAGAAUGAGAAGGAGAAUGGGAGGCCCCCAAACCUCGCUCAGCCUCAGGUGGCUCGAAUAGGGGGCAGGAGGAGGCUGACACCUGAGCAGAAGAAGCUGUGCUACUCCGAGCCGGAGAAGCUUCACCAGCUGGGCGAUGGACCCACUCACGCCGCGCAACGCUCCCUGGGCAGUGAGAGGGAGAGCCUGCUGUCCGGGGAGGACCUGAGUGAGCAUGGCAUGGGGACGGCCCAGAGGAAGGUGCUCGAGACCAGGGGCCGCGCCCUUUCGGCCUCCAGCCUCUUCAAGGCAAGCCUGAAGCAGAUCCAGCACAAGGCCCUGGUGGCCUACAUGGAGCGCAAGACAGGCCACAGAACCACCGAGCCCCAGCAGCCGGCCCUGCUCACCCCCGACCAGGGGCACUCCACGCCCGGGAAGCCGUCAGACUGGGGUCCCAGGCCCCUCUCUGGAAACGCGGGCCCCAGGAAGAAGCUGCUCAGGCCGCUGUCCGCGGGUCGCAUCCUGGACUCCUCGUCCAGCUCGGUCAGGUACUCCCAGUUCGUCUCCGGUCAUCCCGGCGCUCACGCCCGCCAGUCCAGCUGGAUGGAGUCCGCCGGCUCGGCUCCAGGGAAAUCGGCCUCGGCGGAGGACCUGCUGGACCAGCCCGAGCCGCCAGGGUUCUUCCGGGCCCGCUCCACCUCCACGCCCCACGCCUUUCAGACUGUGGGCUACAUGAAAGAGAUGUCACCAGAGGGCACUCUUCAGAGAUCCAGUUCUCCAAAGAAAGCAGAGGGGGAGGUGCCAGCGAGUAAAACACGGGCCGCCUCGGUCUCGGAGGUCCAGCGAGUUCGGGUGUCGGCCCCCAGGGGCAAGUCCAUGGAGGAACUGGGCGUGUCCCGGGCCAGCCGGCCUCCGGUCCUGAGCAAGAGCUCGGACGAGCUGGACCAGCUCCGGGCCCAGCGGGCCGGGCCGGGCCGGGAGAAUAGGGACGCGCCCUUUCCCGCGGAAGCGCAGGAGAAGCCCCAGGGAUGCUCCCAGAGGAGGCCCUUUCCCAAACAGGACUCCGCCCCCCAGCUGAGUGACAGUGAGGACAGGGCUCUCUCCAGAACCCCCACCCCAGCCACCCCCCCGGUCUCUGGCUCCUCUCCCCGGGGGAGGGCCCAGUCUGCCUCCUCCAGCGGCGUGCCCUUCACAACUGAACGUGUGGGGAAGAGCGUCUUCUACCCGAACACCCCCCUGCCACCUCCGCCGCCCCUUCAAACCUGUGGAUCCCCUGAACAGGAGUCCCCUGCCCUGCCCAGCCCGCCCUGGGGCCCCAGAGAGAGCAGGGCCAGUUCAAGCAGAGUAAAGACAGCCCCUCCAGUGCGCCCCCUGCUGGCAGAGGCCUCAGCGGGGGAUCAAGACGGGAGCCCCGGGCCAGAUUCCUCCCAGGAGGUGUCCUUGAGCCACGGCGUGACAACGGACCCCAGUUCGUGGAUCGUCGCCCGGGAAACAGGCUCCGCCCCUCCUCAGCCCUCUCUGCCUCCUGAUGAUGUCAUUGAAGAGGCUCCAAGCCGCCACGCGCUCGCGCUGCCGGAAGGCGGUUCCCAGGCCGCCGAGCCGUCUGCGGUCGAGGCGGCGGAGCCCAGCCGGAGCGCAGAGCCACGGCAGCAGGCCGAGCAGGAGGGGGCGGAGCCGGAGGGGGCGGAGCCGGAGGCGGGACCGGAGACGGAGGACGCGCGGCGGUGGGAGGAGCUUGUGGAGGAGGUGGUGGCGAAGGACCAGUCGCUGGCCCGCGUCCUGUACCCGGUGACCAAUCGGAAGACGGCGGUGAUGCUGAUGGAGCAGCUGCUGUCGGAGGACACGCUGCUGAUGGGGGAGCACUACAGGAGGAAGCAGGAACGGAACUACAUUACCCAGCAGGCUGGGGACAGGUCAGAAACAAAGGAAGAAGAAGAGAAAGUCAUCUCUCCUGUCUGUGAGAAUUCAGGUUAUGAUGUCCAAGAACAGGAAACGCAACAUACUCCAGACAAGACAGAAAGUGAUGUCACAGAGAAGAAGAGGCUCCUGAUGGCGAGCAUCGCGGGGCGGCUGCGGGCGGUGGAGGCGCAGAGGGAGGCGCUGCAGGAGGAGGUGCGGGCGAACGGGCUGCAGGGCGGGGCGGUGGACGCGCUGGUGCGUCGGGGCUGCCUCCCGGCGGAGCACGAGCGCUACGCGCUGUUCGUGGGCGACCUGGAGCGCGUGGUCAGCCUGCUGCUCUGCCUGUCGGCCCGCCUCGCCCGCGUCCAGAACGCGCUCAGCACCGUGGACCAGGACACCGACGCCGAGGAGAAGGAGUCCCUGGACAGUCGGCACGCCCUGCUGUGUAAACAGAGAGAGGACGCCAAAGACCUGAAGGACAACCUGGACCGGCGGGAGCGCGUGGUGUCGGCCAUCUUGUCCAAGCACCUCACGCCGGAGCAGCUGCAGGACUACCGCCGCUUCGUCCAGACCAAGGCCGCCAUCCUGAUCCGCCAGAAGGACCUGGAGGAGAGGCAGAGGCUGGGGGAGGAGCAGCUGGAGUGUCUGUCAAACAGCAUCCCGCUCUAAAACGGUCUAAGCCCUGCCCCCUUUCCCCCUGCCCCCCCACCCUCCCCU